UUCUUAUAUUUGUUUGAUCAGCAAUAAUGGCCACAAUACCUGAUGGAAUUGAACAGGAAGAGAUUAUCAAGAUAGAAGAAGGAUUAGUCAACACUUCAACUAAGCCUAAUUCAAACUCUAACUAUUUUCUCUCUCUUUUUUCACCCAAAUUUGUCCAAAUUGCACAAAAGUUGGUUGCUGAGGUGAUUGGCACCUAUUUUGUGAUAUUUGCUGGAUGUGGAUCUGUUGCUGUGAACAAAAUCUACGGUUCAGUGACAUUCCCAGGCAUAUGUGUGACUUGGGGUCUAAUUGUAACGGUUAUGAUUUAUUCAGUUGGCCAUAUCUCUGGAGCACAUUUUAAUCCUGCAGUCACCAUCACUUCCGCCCUCUUUCUGCGAUUUCCGAUUCGCCAGGUACCUUUUUACAUAAUUGCUCAAGUAAUAGGUUCACUUCUUGCUAGUACCACACUGGUUCUAGUGCUGGAUGUGAAUUCUAAUGCAUAUUUUGGAACUGUACCAGUUGGAUCAAAUUUGCAAUCUCUAGUUAUGGAAAUCAUCAUCACUUUCCUCCUCAUGUUCGUGGUUUCCGGUGUUACUACCGACGAUCGAGCAGCGGUUGGACCCCUAGGAGGACUUGGCAUUGGCAUGACCAUUCUAUUGAAUGUCUUUGUGGCUGGGCCAAUUUCAGGGGCUUCAAUGAACCCAGCAAGGAGUAUUGGGCCAGCAAUAGUGAAGCAUGUAUACAAAGGAUUAUGGGUGUAUAUAGUAGGCCCAAUAUUUGGAGCUAUACUUGGGGCUUUUGCUUACAACUUAUUAAGAUCCACUGACAGCCCAUCACCCAAAGAUAGUGUGACAGUGACACAUAACUAA